GAGGGAGUCAUUCUAAGACCUGCUGUAAGCACGUCUAGGUUAGAGUUUUUAUUCAAUGGCAUCUUCCAUGAAUUCUCUGGAAACGAUUCAGAAAAAAAUAGAUGCUGUUAAACUCUUCCUCUCUGUUUCACUGAGCAUCGCCAAUGCCCACACUGUGGAUUUCUACACUUGCGAUGUAUGGGACCAGUUCAUGGCGGUGCCACCCGUGGAGGUCUUGACAGAGAUCACUUUGAAUGGUGACCACAAGAGGGCGCCAGAACAUUACUUAAAUCAUGGCAAUGGUACGCCAAGAAGAUCACCUUUGGUUUCUGUGAUGAUAGUAAGCGCCUGGUGGAUGUGGCUGAGUUCUUGGAGGCUGCCUAUGCCCACUCCCUGCCUGGCCUCGGGGUCUGUGUGGGCCGCACAGAGCUACUGCAAUCCCUCAGACACACUGACAACGCUCAACCCCUGGAGGAAGUUCCAGGUGCUGUGGUGGAGAGUGAUGAGUUUAUGAACUCCAAGAAGUCCCACGAGGUGCAGGCCAUGUCAGAGGUGGUGGCCAGCCUAGCCCAGCGCUGCCGGGUCAAACAGGUGAUUGAUGUGGGCUCAGGGAAAGGUUACCUUUGCUCCUUCCUGUCGCUGCGCUAUGGCCUCCAGGUGUACGGCAUCGACUCGUCCAGCGUCAACACGCACGGCGCCCAGGAGAGGAACAGGAAGCUCAAGAAGUACUCCCGGGCCUACCAGAGGCACAGCAAAGCCAAUAGGACUCCGACAGUGGUGCCCCCUUCAGGCCAGGAGGACUUGGAGGAUAUUGCACCCGGUGAGAGAGAGAAAGAAGAUAUGGUUAAGAUGAGUGGGGAUGCAGAGAAGGAGGAGGGGAAGGGGAGGAGAGACGGGGAGGCACAGACCAACACAACAGGGUUAACAGAUCGGAAUGAGGAAGAUGCAAUGACAUCACUUACCUCCGCCAUUUUGUUAGAGGACAAUUCCCUUCCAGAGUUGGACCAAAGUGACCCAGCCUCAGCUCCAGAGGAACCCUUUCUCAGUGCCCUGUGUGUGGGCAUGGUGGAGCCCACCUCCCCCCGGGUUCCCCCCAGUGAGUUGAGUCUUGAGGAGAGGGAGAGGAGGAAGAGGGAGAACCUGGAUAGGAAGGCCAGGAGCUGGGUUAACAGUGGUGGCAUGGGCAGCGGCAUGCUGUACUCACCUCUGACCUCCUACGUUACCGCGGAGACGGAGCUCAAAGAGAUUAUUGGGGAGUUAGAGGAUGCGGUCAUGGUUGGCCUGCACACGUGUGGAGACCUGGCGCCCAGCACCCUGCGCAUGUUUGUGGCCAAACGGGAGCUCCUCUCCGUCUGCAGCGUUGGCUGCUGCUACCACCUUCUCUCUGAGGAGUUUGAUCCCACCAGACAAGGUCAUUACAUGGCCAGGGGGGAAAGGAAAGAGUGUCCAAGCAGCAGCGUCUGUGGUUUCCCCCUGAGUGGCUACCUGAGGGAGCAGUCCUGGUUCUGUGGCAGAAAUGCCAGGAUGUCAGCGUGUCUGGCUCUGGAGAGAGUUUCCAAGGGCCAAGGGAUUCAGAUGGAGUCACUCUUCUAUAGGGCCGUCCUCCAUGUGAUUCUAAGGGAUCACUACAGCUCCUUUAAAAGCGAGAAGCGUGUGGGGAACGUCUACUCCAAGGCCACCUCGUUCGUGGACUACGUCUGGAGAGCCCUCCGGAGGCUGGAGCUGGACGGGUCAAAGCUGUCUGACGGUGUCAUACAGGGUUACCAUGACACAUACCGACCCAGGAUGGUUGAGAUGGAGGCCUUUAACAUGCUGAAGGUGACUUUGGCUCCCUGCAUCGAGGGCCUGAUUCUCCUGGACCGCCUCUGCUACCUGAAAGAACAGGAAGACGUGGCGUUCUCCACUCUGGUGCAGCUCUUUGAUCCACUGUUGUCGCCGCGCUGUUACGGAGUUGUCGGAGUGAAGGCACCUGGGACGGAGUUGUCAUAGUGAAGGCACCUGGGACGGAGUUGUCAUAGUGAAGGCACCUGGGACGGAGUUGUCAUAGUGAAGGCACCUGGGACGGAGUUGUCAUAGUGAAGGCACCUGGGACGGAGUUGUCAUAGUGAAGGCACCUGGGACGGAGUUGUCAUAGUGAAGGCACCUGGGACGGAGUUGUCAUAGUGAAGGCACCUGGGACGGAGUUGUCAUAGUGAAGGCACCUGGGACGGAGUUGUCAUAGUGAAGGCACCUGGGAUGACAUCAUAGAGUUCUUGGAGAUGGGACAAAUUGCAUUUCCUGCCAUUUGUAUGUUUUAUUUUAUUCAAUUUUUUGCUGACCAUGAUUUUAGCAAGGUUUUAAUGUGAUGAUGUACUCCUUACUCAGUCACGUACAGAUAUGGGAUCAUUGUUUAGUGUUUUCUCUACUUUUGCCUCCUCUGGUUUCUGCCAGUCAUACUGUACUAUGGGGUGUACUGUACCAUAUUGUAUUAAUAAAUCAUUUUUAGAAGAUAAAAAA